GUCACACACUUGUAGUUACGCUUGCGCGUUUGUAGAAUCUCUUUAUCGUUGAUAUUAACAAAUUAAAUGACCACCAAGACUAUUUUAAAUGGUGAAACAAAGUAAUUAACUGAGUAAGCUUGGUCGAUCCUCGGAGGACAUGCCGGAAUCGGACUGGUCAAGUGCCUAGAAAAGUGUAACAAAAUACGCCUGGCAGUUGGUGCGCGAGUGUGUGUGCCAUUGAUUACAUAGCUCGCCUAGGCAAAUAUACACUUUGGAGCGAGCGAGAGCAAAAACAGCCAGAAUCCGAAAAGGGGAAGCAACAAAAACCGCAUUCCAUCGCCAGAAAGCAACCUGGAUCCAUGAGAAAGUGAUUGCCAUGCACCAUCAUCAUCCGCCGUUGCCCAUAACCGGAGGUGCUAGUGGAGCAUCUGGGGCAGUUGCGGUCGGUGGAGGAUCGGGAAUCCAAGACUCUGCCUCAGCUUCGGCAGUAGCUCCUGUGGCCUCCACAUCAAACUCAAAUUCCCAGCAGCAGCAACAACGCCGCCGCAAGAAGCGACCAAAUUACAACUACAAUGGCAUUCGCACCGUCGAGGUUCGCAGGGGAUACAAUGGGUUUGGAUUCACCAUUUCGGGUCAACAGCCUUGCCGGCUGUCCUGCAUCAUCAGCAGCUCCCCCGCCGAACAGGCUGGCCUGCGCUCCGGCGAUUUUCUCAUCUCGGUAAAUGGCCUGAAUGUCUCCAAGCUGCCGCAUGAGACUGUGGUGCAGCUGAUCGGCAACUCCUUCGGCAGCAUCCGCAUGCAGAUAGCGGAGAACUACUACUCUGACAGCUCAGACGAGGAGAACGCCAAUGUAACGCUGAGGGGACAACUUCUGGCAGCCAGUUUGAGGCACAAACCGCGCUUCCUGCACCACAAAGCCAAGUUGCACCGUCUGCGCAACUCGCCGCAAAAGAAGCUACCACUACCAGAAACUGUGGAAACCACUGCCAAGCCAUCCCCGGAGCAUCUUACUCUGCGUCCUGUCCUGGAGGACGCCCCCCUGGCGUCUGGUUUGUCCAAGGCAGCGGAUGUGGCCAAUGUGAGCGCCAUGGUUAGGGCUGUUGGAAGCGCUACGUUGGAGUACCGUGUGAUAGUGGGCUAUCUGGGAACCAUCGAGAUGCCUAAGCAGAUAUCGCACAGCUCCAAGUUGCAGACAGUGCGCUCCUGCAUUCGCAAGCUGCGCCAGGAGAAGCGGCAGCCCACCAUUGUGCUCAUGUGCAUUACCCCGGAUAGCCUGAGCCUGCAGAGCUCCGGUGGCGGAGUACUGGCCACCUAUUCUUCGGCCAGGCUCAACUACGUGAGCUCGUCCUCGGAGAGCGAGAACCGAUUCUUCGGGUUGGUAACUAGCGCCGUGCACAACACCCAGAUCGAGGAGGAGUACGAGCCCAGCGGUGGAGGUGGAGCAGGAGCCGGUCACAUCAGCAUCUCCCACAGCUGCCAUGUGUUUGUCAUCGACACCAAGCUGAUCGAGCAUGCCCAGCACUUGCAGCGGGCGCAUGAGUUCAAGCUGCAGUGCACCAGGGAUCCCAUCUCCAAUAUAUGCCUGGAGUUCCCCAACAACUCGGAGUACGUUGUUAAUCUGGUCCGCAGCAUGUACACCAUGAGGAUACUGCCGCCUUCCAGUAGGAAUACAGACUUCGAGCCGUCCGCUGCCGGGGGAGCGGGAGCUGCUGCCCAUUCGCCACAGCCAUCGAACCACAGCGAGAUCUCCACCACCACCUCGAACUCCGACUCCGGGAUUGGCUUCAACAACGAUUGCACCAACAUUUCGGACCGCAUUCUGGUCGUGGACUUCCUGGGUGCCGGGGCCGGAGCAGCCCCCGCCGGGCCACCAGCACAUCCGGCACCAGCUCGACCUCUGGGCAUAGUGGGAAUUCCAGACAACCGCUUGACUGUCCGGGCCAUGCCCGACCCAGAUGCUCAUCCAAAGUCCCCGCUGGGGAGCUCCUCCUUGCGAAGACCCAAUCUCCUGGCCAACUUCAAUCUAAUCAAGAGUCCCGCCACGAAUCUCACGUCCACCAGAUCCUGCGACGAUGUACUUAACCUUUACGAUGACGAUUCCCCUCGUGCCUUGGGUGUUGUGGCCUCCAUGGAUGAUAUCUCGCUGCACUCGGCCGCUCCGUCUCUUGACGAGGCUCACACCUUUGUCCAUCCGGCAUGUGUGCCCCGGAAGAUGCGCCGAUCCUUGAUAUUGGAGCCGCAAACAACGCCGCAUAAGCUGAGCGCCCAGGUCUAUGGACAGCCUGGGUCGCGUCACUCGUUGGGAUUCGAGGCCGUAGACAGCAUUCAGUCGUCGUCCAACUUGGUCUGCACGGAUCAGCCCAUGGAGACGUGGGCUAGCCUGCAGAACCUCCACAAGUCUCACUCGAACCGUCAUAGUCUGUCGGCCUCUUCCUCAAGCCAUUGCCUCCUAGAAGCUACCAAUAGUGAACCAGAUUUGGGGAACCGUGCUCUGCCCGCCAAUGCCUCGCCCUUCCGCCGAGCCUGGGGACAGUCUUCCUUCCGCACGCCCCGCACCGACAAGGUGGCCAAACAGCAGCCGGGCCAACAGGGUCAGUCGUCGCCGCUGGUGAGACGCACUGCCUCCAUGAACGCCUCCGACAACGAUGUCUACAUCAAGACCCUGAUGCUGGACCCCAACCUGAAGCCCACGCGCAGUCAGCAGCAGCUGAGUCUGCUGCAGGUGCCCAAGAUCCUGACCACACCUGCCCCGCCCUCCGCCGUCUCGGUAUCCGCAGCUCCAGAGGACUCUUCCCAGGACUAUGGGUGUCCCAGCAACUGGAGCAACUCCUUUGAGCGUAUGCUCCAGGAUACAGCUGGCAUGCAGACCUUUUCCGAGUUCCUCAAGAAGGAGUUCUCGGCGGAGAACAUAUACUUCUGGACGGCCUGCGAACGGUACAGGGUCUUGGAAUCCCAGGCGGAACGGGUGGUGCAGGCCAGGGAAAUAUUCGGGAAGUAUCUGGCCAACAGCAGCAUAGACCCGGUCAACGUCGACUCGCAGGCCCGCAGCCUCACAGAGGAGAAGCUGGCCAGCGCCGCUCCGGACAUCUUCGCGCCCGCCCAGAAACAGAUCUUCAACCUGAUGAAGUUCGACAGCUACCAGAGGUUCAUUCGGUCCGACUUGUACAAGAGCUGUGUGGAGGCGGAGCAGAAGGGACAGUCGCUUCCCUACAAUGGCUCCGACCUGGACGACUUGUUGAAGACAAAUUUUCACUUGGCGGCCUCGUCAAAGCUGAAAAAAUCGGUUAGCAACGCUGAGGAUCGGCGGCGCAAGAGCUUGCUGCCCUGGCACCGGAAGACGCGGAGCAAGUCCCGUGACCGCUCGGAGAUUAUGCCGGAAAGCACACUGAUGCCGGCCCCACCACUCCCGCCCGCACUGCUGACCAGCUCCUCACUGAAGCUCGCCUCCGGGCAGAACUCCCUCAGCGAUCUCCACAGCUCCCGCAGCUCAUUGUCGUCGUUCGAUGCCGGAGCCAACAAUGGAGGAGCCAGUGCGGAGAGCGUGUGCUCCCUGUGCAGAGUGAUACUAACGGACGGAGCCACCACUAUUGUGCAAACCAGGCCUGGGGAGACAGUGGGCCAGCUGGUGGAGCGACUGCUGGAGAAGCGGAACUUAGUGUACCCCUACUACGACGUUGUGUUCCAGGGCACCACAAAGUCCAUUGAUCUCCAGCAGCCAUCGCAACUGCUGGCUGGCAAGGAGGUGCUAAUUGAGCGGCGGGUGGCUUUCAAGCUGGACCUGCCCGAUCCCAAAACGAUCUCUGUAAAAAGCAAGCCCAAGAAGCAGCUGCACGAGGUGAUUAGGCCCAUUUUGAGCAAAUACAACUACAAGAUGGAGCAGGUGCAGGUGAUCAUGCGCGACACCCAGGCACCCAUGGACCUGAUGCAGCCGGUGACAAUGGCCGAUGGCCAGCGCUUGCGCAUCGUGAUGCUCCAGCCGGAUUUUCAGGCCGGCGGCGGUAGUGGCAGUAGCAUGCCGCCGAAGCAAAUCAAACCCAUGAAGCCGCUGCCCCACCAGCUGGAUGAACUGACCAACAAAAUGUUCAACGAAAUGCUGGCCAGCAAGGCGGAUGCUGCGGCGGACAAGCCGCGCCCCAGCGACCUCUGUUCGAUGAAGUCCAACGAGGCGCCCUCGGAGACUUCCUCCUCGCUGUUCGAGCGCAUGCGGCGGCAGCAGCGCGACAACAGCAUCAGCAACAUUCCGGGCAGCAAGCUGCCGAAGCUCAAGAAGAAGUCCACGAGCAGCCAACAGUCCGAGGAAGCGGUCACUCCACCGGCAGGAGCAGCGCCAGCCGAUCCCAAGAAGCCCAUCAUAGCCAAACUGAAGGCGGGGGUGAAGCUGCAGGUGACGGAGCGAGUAGCAGAGCACCAAGACGAACUACUCGAGGGCCUGAAGCGUGCUCAGCAGGCGCGUCUGGAGGAUCAGCGCGGCACUGAGAUCAACUUUGAUCUGCCGGACUUCCUCAAGAACAAGGAGAACCUCAGCGCGGCCGUCUCCAAGCUGCGAAAGGUGCGAGCCAACCUGAGUCCUGUGAGCAAAGUGCCGACCUCUCCCAGCGAGAUUCCCCAGCCGGCGCCGCGACUCUCCAUAACGCGCAGCCAGCAACCCGUGUCACCCAUGAAGGUGGACCUGGAUCCAGAGACUGAGUUGCCUGCGGAGACGCAGGACCCCACGGAGUAUGCCAAAGCCCCGCCUCCGCUGCCGCCAAAGCCGAAGGUGCUGCCCAUCAAGCCCUCCAACUGGGGCGUGACGGUUGCCCAACCUACAGGAAACUAUUGCAACAAGUUCUCCCCCACAAAAAAGGCCCCCACAUCCCCAAUAGAAGCCUCCACGGCGACGGUGUUUGCCAGCAAGAUUCCUCUGGACAUAAACCGCAAGGCUCUGGAGGAAGCCGGAUCCCGCUGUGCCUACCUCGACGAGCCCAGCAGUAGUUUCGUUUAGGGGGAGCAUUCCCAAAUGAAAGUGAUUUGUCUUUAAAGCAACUUGUAAAUAUUAUCUGUGCACUAUUUAUUUAUACUGUACUCUCUAUUGAAUGUCCAACCAAUCCAUGACGAACUUUUGUAUGCAAUCUACUGAGUGAACGCGCCUAUUUAUAACUAUAAUUCAUAAGCUUAGUUUAAGUUUUACUCUACUUUGUUGUAAAAAUAUACCACAAGCAUAUAUUAA